AUGUCUGGUAAGUUUGUCCAGGGUCUGACGAAACAGCUUCCCCGUCUUCGUAACAGAGGGAUAGAGAUUUUGAGAGAUCCAGGUACUAAUAAGGGUGCUGCGUAUUCCCACAGAGAGCGUCAAGUUUUGGGUCUUCAUGGUCUUUUACCACCUGCGGUGUUGACUCAGAAGGAGCAGGUCCAGAGCGUUUUAACGAAUUUGUACGCCCUAGAUGAUGAUCUGGGUCGUUACAAUACCCUUAUGUCCCUUCAAGACCGUAACGAAAAGCUUUUUUACAAAGUGGUAACUAGUAACCUCGAAUACCUCCUUCCUCUCAUCUACACGCCUACGGUUGGGAAAGCUUGUUUGAACUACGGUAUGAUUCUGCGAAGACCGAGGGGUCUCUACAUCACGAGCAACGACAAGGGUCACGUUCGCAGCAUCCUCCGCAACUGGCCGGAGAAGCGUGUGAAAGCCGUAGUUGUGACAGAUGGUGAGCGGAUUCUAGGUCUUGGUGAUUUGGGCGCUCAGGGCAUGGGCAUUCCAAUUGGCAAGUGCGCCCUUUACACAGCUCUCGGCGGCGUCGAUCCACGUGCCUGCCUUCCUCUAAUGAUUGACAUUGGUACCAAUAAUGAGGACCUAUUGAAUAAUGAGUUCUACUUGGGUCUGCGUCAAAAGCGUAUUCCCACAGACCAGUACUAUGAGUUGAUGGAUGAGGUGUUGGAGUCACUCGUUGAUCUGUACGGUCCCAAUGUUUCGGUGCAGUUCGAGGAUAUGGCAAACAAGAACAGUUUCGCCUUCUUAGAGCGCUAUGGAAAGAACUACAUUGUGUUCAAUGAUGACAUCCAAGAUUCUUGUUUGGAGUUCGAAUGUUUCGCUUCCCGUCAUACCAGCGUUGUUGGUGGCCUCGAUAGCUGUGGGGCCUUAAAUGAAGUCAGGACUCGGACGCGCAUUGUCCCUUUUCGUGUCUAUGUUGACUCAUCGUUGUGGGCUGAGCUUCAAAUAGCCAAGGGUCGUUCAUGGUUAGUGAAUUUUUCAGAAGAGUAUAAGCCGACUUGCACUGUAAACGGUCCUUUGCAUGUCGAUGGACGGUGUAGUCGCAAGUGUGUUGUUAAUGGUGCCGCUGCUGUUGCCUUGGCUGGCCUCAUCUCUGCCACACGCAUCACUAAGACACGUCUGAUUGACAACAAGUUCCUCUUUUACGGAGCUGGAAGCGCUGCCACUGGCAUUGCCAACAUUCUCAUUUCUGCGAUGAAGGAUGAGGGAGCGUCGGAGGCGCAGGCUCAUUCACGCAUCUAUAUGAUGGACUCCAAGGGACUCCUCGUCAAGAGCCGUCCUGAGGGAGUGGCGGAGCCACACAAGCUUCCCUUCGUUCGUGACGAUUCUGGACCUGUGGAUCGUUUAACCAACGCCGUUACUCAAAUCAAGCCAACUGUUUUGAUUGGUGCUGCCGCCGUUUCCCAUGCGUUUACUCGCGAGGUGCUCAACCUGAUGGCGAACUUCAAUAAGAGACCUGUCAUUUUUGCUCUUAGCAACCCCACUGAGAAGGCUGAGUGUACCGCCGAGACAGCUUUCAAAUCGACGGAGUGCCGCUGCAUCUUCGUGAGUGGCUCUCCAUUCCCCACCAUUCAACUUCCCUCGGGCCAAAAGUACUACCCAAGCCAGGGCAACAACUACUACGUCUUCCCUGGUUUUGCCAUGGCUGUCACAUCCGCCCUCAUCCGUCCUAUCACUCAAGAUCUCUUCCUUGCGGCCGCUAAGACGGUGGCGGAUAUGGUGACGGAGGAGGACCUAGCAGUAGGUAGUACUUAUCCACCAGUGAAGAAGCUGCGCGAAGUGGCACACAAGGUUGCUGUCGAGUUGGUGACGAAAUCGUUCGCCAACGGCACUGCUCAAUAUCACCCUGAACCGGAGGACAAGGUGGAGUUUAUCCGCAGUCUCACCUACGAUCCCUCUUACGUGGACUUCACACCAGACUCCUACGAUUGGCCCUCGCAGUGA